CUAAUUUCUAUAUAUAUAUAUUUUUAGCUUCAUUUCCUGUCAUUUGGGAGAUUUAUUUUAUGAUCAAUUCGGUUUCCUUUUGGGGAUUUUCGUUUUGAUUUUUCUGGAUGGUGGAGUUGUGAGAAUUUUAUUUUUUUUUGGGAAUAGUUUGUGGAGAGAAAAUGGCGGCGGAGGGAACGUUGUCGCUUUCAGUUGCUUCAGUUGUGGAAGAUGUAUUGCAACAGCACGGCGAUCGCUCCCAAGAUCUUGAUUUGGAAUCCAGAAAAGCCGAGCUAGCUGCAUCAAGGAGGUAUGAAGCGGCUGGAUGGCUGAGGAAGAUGGUUGGAGUAGUUGCGGCCAAAGAUUUUCCGGCGGAGCCAUCGGAGGAAGAAUUCAGGCUUGGUUUGAGGAGUGGAAUGGUCCUUUGCAAUGUUCUUAACAGAGUUCAACCUGGAGCUGUGCCUAAGGUGGUGGAACGUCCAUGUGAUGCACCUCCCAUACCUGACGGAGCUGCAUUGUCAGCAUAUCAGUACUUUGAAAAUGUGAGGAAUUUUUUGGUAGCUGUACAAGAUCUGGGACUUCCAACAUUUGAGGCAUCUGAUCUAGAACAAGGAGGCAAAUCUUCAAGAGUGGUGAAUUGUGUUCUGGCGCUCAAGUCCUAUAACAAAUGGAAGUUCUCUGGUGGAAAUGGAGUGUGGAAAUUCAGUGGAAAUACAAAACCUGCAACCACCACAUUGGCCAAGCAAUUUGUGAGGAAAACUUCAGAGCCUUUCAUGAACUCCUUCCAGAGGACUUCAUCGAUGAAUGAAAAAUUAUCCAAUGAUCACGUCAAUGAGAUUGAUACUAAUAAAAUGCAGACUGGUUCUGGUUCGUUAAGUAUGCUGGUUCGGGCCAUUUUAACAGAUAAAAAGCCUGAAGAAGUUCCGAUGCUGGUUGAAUCUUUGCUCGGUAAAGUUGUAGGGGAGUUUGAGCGUCGUAUUGGAAGCCAAGAUGAAGUGAUGAAAAAAAUUUCAGAUGACACCACUGCUUCUGAUUUCAAUAAGGCUCAGCGGAAACCAAUUCCUGGGGAUAAAAUGAUUGAGGAAAAGAACAUCAAAGUGAUGAACAAAGACAAUUGCUUUCAUAGCAACAUCACUGGUGACAAACUAAAAGGUCAAUCUCCUAAAUUACAAAUGAUUCUUGAUCAACAACAAGGAGAUAUUCAGGACCUAAAGCAUACUAUUAAUGCCGCAAAAAUGGGCAUGCAAUACAUACAAAUGAAAUUUCAUGAAGAGUUCAACAAUCUUGGUAUGAAUAUCCAUAGCUUAGCUCAGGCUGCUUCUGGUUACCAUAGGGUUCUAGAAGAAAAUCGCAAGCUAUACAAUCAAGUGCAGGACCUUAAAGGAAGUAUCCGUGUUUAUUGCCGUGUGAGACCAUUCUUGUCCGGUAAAUCUAGCUAUCUAAGCAUUGUGGAUCGUAUAGAAGACGGAAACAUCACUAUCAGCAUCCCAUCAAAGAAUGGUAAAGGAUGCAAGACCUUCACCUUCAACAAAGUCUUUGGGCAAUCCGCAACUCAAGCGGAGGUAUUUUCUGAUAUGCAGCCACUUAUUCGGUCAGUUCUUGACGGAUACAAUGUUUGCAUAUUUGCAUAUGGCCAGACAGGGUCAGGAAAGACAUACACUAUGGUUGGACCCAAAGAACUAACAGAGAAAAAUCAAGGAGUUAAUUAUAGAGCGUUAGGUGAUUUGUUCAUGUUAGCUGAACAAAGAAAGGAUACUUUCCGCUAUGAUGUUUCUGUUCAGAUGAUUGAAAUUUAUAAUGAGCAAGUCAGGGAUCUCCUUGUUACUGAUGGAAGUAACAAAAGGUUAGAAAUUCGCAACAGUUCUCAGACAGGUCUCAAUGUACCGGAUGCAAACCUCAUGCCUGUUUCAUCAACAUCUGAUGUUAUUGAUCUGAUGAACCUAGGACAAAGGAAUCGGGCAGUUGGUGCGACAGCUCUAAAUGAUCGUAGUAGCCGAUCUCAUAGUUGUUUGACAGUCCAUGUUCAAGGAAGAGAUUUAACAACGGGAACUGUUCUCCGAGGCUGCAUGCAUCUUGUUGACCUCGCAGGAAGUGAGAGAGUUAACAAGUCCGAGGUAACGGGGGAUCGAUUAAAAGAGGCCCAACACAUAAACAAAUCUCUAUCAGCUUUAGGAGAUGUGAUUUCUUCCCUUGCCCAAAGGAACACACACGUUCCUUACAGAAACAGCAAACUAACUCAACUUCUUCAAGAUUCACUCGGAGGGCAGGCCAAGACACUAAUGUUUGUUCACAUAAGCCCGGAGCCUGAUGCCCUGGCUGAAACAGUAAGUACUCUCAAAUUUGCGGAGCGUGUGGCUACUGUUGAACUUGGCGCGGCGCAAGUGAACAAAGACACCGAAGAUGUUAAAGAGCUCAAAGAACAGAUCGCUAGCCUUAAGGCAGCAUUGGCAAGGAAAGAGGGAGAAACGGAGCAAAGGCAACAAUCUAUAUCCAGCACUGGUCGCUCUGAAAAAUACAGAACAAAGGCUAGUAGUGACUUGUUGCCGCUUAGUCCUAAUCACCGGGUUGGAGAUAUGUUGGGGGUGAAACAACUCAUGGGUGAUGUGGGUAACAUCAAGGUGGGCAUGAACCUUACAUUGAGGCAAGAGAAGCAAAUCUUUCCUCUUGAUGAGAUACUAGCAAAUUCACCUCCAUGGCCUCCUGUUACCAGUCCUACACAAAACUUUCGGGAUGACGAGAAAGAAUCAGGCUCGGGUGAGUGGGUGGACAAGGUCAUGGUGAACAAGCAAGAGGCCAUUCCCUUAGGAUGUUGGGAAGUAGAAAAUGGGAAUUUGCCCAAUGCCUUUUUCCAGAAAUAUCUCCAAGAUUCUUCAAAUAUUUAUCCAGAUCAAUCAACAUAUAAUAUGUUCAUUGGGGAUAAUAGGUUCAGCAUGGCGGCUAACGAUGACAUAGAUGACCUUGAUGCUGCUACCAGUGACACAUCCGAACCCGAUUUGCUUUGGCAAUUCAAUCACUCCAAACUUAGCAGCAUAACCAAUGGGAUUGGGAUUGGAUCAAAGGCCAAGAAGCCUAUUCCAAAGUCUGCAGGUUCCCGAGAACAGAGCAAAAAUUUAUAUCCAAUGCCAGGGCCGUCACCAUCCAGGAAACAAGGAAAUGGGAGGCAGCCAGCUUCUGCUGAUGGGAAACGCAAAACUGCAAGUAGAAAAUAACAUGUUCAUAUAGCCAUUAAAAUCACGUUGGAGUGAUUUCUGAUUCUUCGUUUUGUUAUUUUUUUUCUUUUAUAUUUGUUAGGGAAUGAGGAAGAGAUAAAGAGGUUUUACAUAUACGUAAUUACGUAUGUAUUUUUUCAAUUUAAUUGUAAUUAUUAAAAUGAAUACA